AACACAUGCUCAUACUGUGACUAGUGCUUGCUUUGUUUCUUGUAAUAAAGGUUGACACGAAAGUUUCCAAGACAUAAGUUUGUUGGGGGUUGAGCUAGCUAGCCAGCUUUACACUAAACUAAACUUUUGAGUCUUAGGCCUCUCUCUACUCUUCACACGCCCCACUCAUUCUCUCAUUGCUCACUCUCAAUCCCUUGUUAUAAAGUUCUACACGUUUAUUUCAAUUUCAAACCCAUCAAAUUCUUUCUAACUCUUACGUCUAUUUUCUCCCCUCUUCCUCUCUCUCUUUCUCUAAUGGAGUUCCUCACUUUACUUUAUGGUGCUAUGGCAUUGUACUUGUGUUUCCUGAUCUGGAAACUGUUUGAUCAGAGAAGGGACCAAGAGAGUUACAUAUUGGACUACCAACUUUACAAGCCAAGCGAUGAAAGAAAGCUUGGAACUGAACUCUGUGGGAAGAUCAUAGGGAGGAACAAGCAAUUGGGUCUGAACGAGUACAAGUUCCUCCUCAAGGCCAUUGUCAACUCUGGCAUUGGUGAGGAAACUUAUGCCCCAAGAAACGUCAUCGAGGGCCGAGAGACGAAUCCAACAUUGGAUGAUAGUGUCACAGAAAUGGAGGAGUUUUUCCAUGACAGCAUUGCCAAACUCCUCGAAAGGUCAGGGAUUUCCCCCUCACAGAUCGAUGUGCUUGUGGUGAAUGUGUCCAUGUUCGCUGUAGUUCCUUCCUUAACUUCAAGAAUCAUUAACCACUACAAGAUGAGGGAGGACAUAAAGGCUUACAACCUCACUGGGAUGGGGUGCAGUGCUAGCCUCAUUUCCUUGGACAUCAUAAGGAACAUUUUCAAGUCACAAAAGAACAAGAUUGCUCUUUUGGUGACUUCCGAGUCUCUAAGUCCAAACUGGUACAAUGGCAACGACAGAUCAAUGAUUCUCGCCAACUGUUUGUUCAGGACGGGUGGAUGUGUCAUUCUCUUGACAAACAAAAGGUCCUUGAAGCAAAGGGCCAUGUUCAAGUUGAAGUGCUUGGUGAGGACUCAUCAUGGUGCUAAAGAAGAUGCCUAUAGUUGCUGCAAUCAGAAGGAAGAUGAGCAAGGCAAUCUUGGGUUUUACCUUGCCAAGAAUCUCCCCAAGGCAGCAACAAGGGCAUUUGUUGAGAACCUAAGGAUGUUGUCACCCAAGGUUUUGCCAACUAGGGAGCUUCUAAGGUUCAUGAUUGUGUCCCUCAUAAAGAAACUGAGCCAAACUAGUUCCCUAAAGUCCUCAAGUGGUGGAUCUAGCAAAUCUAGUAAAUCACCUUUAAACUUCAAGACUGGGGUAGAACAUUUUUGUCUCCACACAGGAGGAAAGGCUGUGAUAGAUGGGAUUGGAAAAAGCUUGGAUCUUUGUGAGUAUGAUCUUGAGCCAGCAAGGAUGACACUUCACCGUUUUGGUAACACUUCAGCAAGUAGCCUUUGGUAUGUGCUAGGGUACAUGGAGGCCAAGAAGAGGCUCAAGAAAGGUGACAGAGUACUGAUGAUAAGCUUUGGUGCUGGCUUUAAAUGCAACAGCUGUUUGUGGGAGGUAAUGAAGGAUCUUGGGGAUCAUACAAAUGUGUGGAGUUACUGCAUUGAUGACUACCCACCAGAGUCCUUGGCCAACCCUUUCAUGGAGACCUUUGGUUGGAUCAACAAUGUCGAAGAUGCAACCAACUUCAAACUUCCUGAUUUGUUUCUCAAGUAAGGUUAUAUUGUUGUAGAGAAAUUCUAUAUUAUCUUCAGCAAUUUAAGAGUUUUGAUACAGUUUGUAAGAAAUUUUUUUAUGGUUUAUCAAAUUCAUUAUUCCAAAAAAAAAAACUGUAUCAAAAUCCUUAGAUUUCUCUGGGUAUUAUAGCAAUUCUUUAUAUUGUAUCACAUUUUAUGAGAAAAAAAGAAAAAGAAAAAAAGAAAAGAAAGAAAGAAAGAAAAAAAAAAAAAGGGCAACUCCAAAUUUUAAGGUCACCUAAUUACAGGCAUCAAUAUUUGUCACACCAUAUGCAUCCGGAUUAAUUUUUCUGUAAACUAUACUUAUUAUUGAUGAACCCAUCAAGGUUUCAUUACCCAAUAAGGUGUGCCGUUUGAAUGAAGCCUGGCACGCUGUUAAAAGGGUAUUAUGGUUUCCUUUUCCUAGUUUUAUUUGUUUCAAUAGGAUGUGAUAAUAACUUUUUUGUUUUACUUC